GUCGUGUGUCUUGCCGAGCUCUGCCUCUUUGAAGGGGUGGCGUUACGGCAGUGAUGGCCUCCCUUUGCGAUGGAUGGCGAAGAAGGUCAAGAACGGCCUUUGACAGUGGUGAUUGUGACCUUAGACUUCUACCUCGCCAAGCCGGGUCCUGGCGAUCCCACGACCUCCAUCUGCACAGGUGGAGCGCUCAGGCAAGUGCCGGUUGUGCGCGUGUUUGGUCAUACUCCAACUGGGCAGUCGGCGUGUGUUCACGUGCACGGGGUGUUCCCUUUCUUCUACAUCCAGGUACCUCCUGGCCGAAGCGAUGCCGAAGGAGAGGGCUUCCUUGGCUUGCUGGCAGAGGGCCUCGAGAAGGCCAUGCACUUGCACCAAAGCGCGUCCGGGCUGGGACGGCCCGGCGCGGUGUAUGUCUAUGACAUCCGCCGCGUGGUGGGCUGGACCUCCAUCUAUGGCCACGGCGGCACCGGCGACUUCCUGCAGAUCUGGGCGACCCUGCCGCAGCACGCCAGCGUCAUGGCCCAUUUGCUGCAGCAAGGCGCUGUGAUGUCCACGUCCUUCCAGCCCUUUGAGGUGCAUUUGCCUUACCUCCUCCACUUCCUGGACUCUUUUGGUCUGGGUGGCAUGCGGGAGCUGGCGGUGAACGGGCGCACCGCAGCCUCGCGGGGCAGACCGAGGGAGGUGGACUUCCCCUACCAUCCCACCUGGAAGGCCCAGCUGGGCCGGGGCGGAGCCAAGCGCUUGCUGCGCGGCCAGGGCACGCCCUGGUGGUCAGAUCCCCGCAGGCCGCAGUCGGUGCACCCCAAAGUGUCGAGCUGUGACGUUGAAGUGGAUUGCCGCGCCGCUGACCUUCUGGCGCCCGCCGCCGCCACGGCCAGCGCGUCGGCUUCGGCCGAGACCUGUGGCGGGCGGUCGGUGCAGGAGCGCACGCGCGGCUGGAUCUGCGAAACACUUCGGGAGCUGUGGCGGGAUGAAGAGCGCAGGUGUGCAGCCCUGGGCCUGACGGUGCCCUGGGGCUCGGAGCCCGCGCCGGAGCCGGGGGCACCUGGCGAUGGCAGGGCAGAACUCACGCCGGACAUCAUGGAGGAGUGCAUGAUGCAGCAGCUCAUGGCUCAAGGCAGGUCUGCGGUCGGAAUUCAGACGAGCUCACCCUCUCCCGCCAAGCGAGCUCAGGUGGACAAUGGAGUAUGGAGCCAAGAGUGCGAGGCAUCGAGGGAGAAGGUUUCUCCCAAGUUCCUUGAGGCGGUGCAAGGCUUGGAGGUUGCCUUAUCGCAGAGGUUGCCGCCCCCAGCGAACAGCGCCACUGCGGCCUUGCUGGACGGAGGCUACGACCUUUGUGAGGAAGCCGAGGAGGACGCCUUGACAGAGCCAGACAGCGCCUGUGGAUCUACAGAGAUCGAUGAGGAUGCGGACGCGCCAGGCAACAAUGGCAACGAUGUUUGCGCGCCGACGCAGCUUGAUAUCUCCACAACGCAGGUGGAUGUGCUGCCAGAGGGGUGGUCGCCUUUGAAGCCAGCAGACCUGUUUCCAGAUCUCAACGAACGCCAAGUAGAAGAACCUGCAGGAGCUGGCAAUGAAGGCCGGACAGGCGACGUCCCUCAAGGUGAGCCGCUCCCCCCGGCCAAGGGCUUUUACUCUGAGCCCGAAGAUUUGCCCAAGGAGCUGGUUCUGGAGCAGGCUGGAAUCUGGGAGUACUGGCAAGCACCGCCCAAGUACGAGGUGUCGCAGCAAUGUUUGCCGAAGAGCGGCGAGGAGGAGGAAGGCGACGUCAUCACCCGCUUCGACAACGCAGGCCGUUUGACCACCCUGCGCCGGAAAAACACCGAGGGCCCAGGUUUGGCGAAGAUUCGGCGGGCAUCUCUGUCGCAGGUGACACCGCCCACCCCGGCGCCUGUGCGACCUUUGCGGCAAGCCGCUGAAGCUCCGGUGCUCUUUGGGAGGCUUUUGGUGCUGGAGGUUUUGGAGCUGCCGACUGAGCUGCAGAGUGCAUCGGAAAUUGGCGCAGUUGCUUACUGCCUCCGCGAUGAAUGGGUGCGCAGUCUGCUUGCAGACUCGGCUGGCGAAGCCUCCUAUGAGGACGCCUUGGGCGUGAUUUGCAAGGCGCCCGCUCCUCAACUUGGCGCCCACGUGUCUGUGCAGGAGAUGGAUUCAGAGCUGGCCAUCUUUGAAGCCGUGGUGGACUUAGUGCGCGCCACCGACCCCGCGGUGGUCAUGGGCUACGACAUCGUCAAGGGGGCUUUGGGCGUGCUCUUUGCGCGUGCAAAAGCACUGGGUCUCAGAGGUUUCCCUCAGCGGCUGGCCCGCGUAGAGGGCCACUCCGGACCCUCGGAGGCACCGGUGCUAGCAAGUCAGGCAGUUCCAGGCAGCCCUAGCGCUGACCGAGGACCGCGGAAGCUGUACCCUCCGGAGCAGGUUAGCGGAGGUAUGGACCUCCCUGGGCGGCUGGUGCUGAACGUUUGGCGUGUCUUGCGCGGCGAAGCCAAGCUCCAGUCCAGCUCGCUGCAGACAGCGAUGCAAGUUCUUCUGGGCGAGACGCUGCCGCUGUUACCCUCCGCGGCGAUGGCAAAACGCUGGGCUACACCUGCCAGCCGCACAGAGGCUUGCGAGGUCCUCUUGUGCCGAACAGGCUGCAGCCUCCGGCUUCUCGACUCUCUGAACGUACUUCCCCGGGCGGCCGAGGCAGCCCGCAUGCUUGGGCUCGAUGUGCUCAGCGUGCUGUCCCGGGGCUCGCAGUACCGAGUGGAAGGACUGUUAAGCCGAGCAGCUCACCAAGACUGCAUGCUCUUGUUGUCUCCCUCGCGAGCGCAGGUGGCGAGCCAACGAGGAGCUGAAUGCAUCCCUUUGGUGAUGGAGCCUCGCAGCGGCUUCUACUUUGACCCGGUGGUGGUUUUGGAUUUCCAGUCGCUGUACCCCUCGAUCAUCAUCGCCUACAACUUGUGCUUCUCCACCUGCGUGGGACGCCUUCAGAGCCAUGCGCAGGGAAUUUCCAAGCUUGGGGUGCUGGAGGCGUACGAGCAGCCGAAUUGCAGGGCGGAAGACCUCUCAGUGACACCCAACGAGGCCAUUUUUCUGAAACGCUCCAAGAAGCCUGGGAUCCUGCCGCGGAUGCUCUAUGAGAUUCUGCAGACGCGAAUCAUGGUGAAGAAGGCUCUGAAGCAGCUGAAAGGGGAGAGCUCGGAGGCAAGGGCGCGAUUGCUGGAUGCCCGGCAGUUCGGCCUGAAGAUGAUCGCAAAUGUGACCUACGGCUAUACCGGAGCAUCCUUCAGCGGAAGGAUGCCCUGCGUUGACCUGGCCGAUGCUAUCGUGCAGACUGCCAGGCGAACACUGGAGCGGGCAGUGCGGUGGGUAGAACGCGAGAUUCCUGCGGCUGAGGUACUAUACGGCGACACUGACUCCAUGUUCGUCCGCUUGCCAGGGCGCUCGAAGGAGCAGGCCUUUGAAAUCGGCGCCCACAUCGCGAAGCAGGUGACGAGCCACAACCCGCGGCCGGUGGAGUUGCAGAUGGACAAGGUGUACUGGCCUUGCUGUUUGGCAUCCAAGAAGCGCUAUGUGGGUCAUGCCUGGUCUUCACCCACAGACGCAGCGCCCGUCUUCGACGCCAAGGGCAUUGAGACGGUGCGGCGCGAUCAGUGUGCUGCGACGCAGCAUCUGCUGAGAGGAGCUUUGGAGGACUUCUUCGAAUCAAGAGGAGACCUGUCGCGGCUAAAGCGCUUCCUCCGGCGGCACGUGGACAGGAUACGAGAAGGUCGCUUUACCGUGCAAGACUUCAUCUUCCACCACGAGGUGAGACCUCCGGACGAGUACAGAGGGCAGGGACCACUGGCAGCGCAGGCUGUGCGAAGAAGCGGCAUGUCAUGGCCAUCUCCUGGAGAAAGGUUCUCGUUCGUGGUUGCUCAAGGCCCCCCCGGGUCUCGUCUGGCAGAUGUGGCGGUAGUCCCUGGCGAUGUCACUGGUGGGCGUCCGGUUGCGGCUGAGGUGCAUCCGCCUUUGUACCUGGACAUCGAAUACUACCUGGAGCGCCAAGUUGGCCCGGCCUUGCAUCGGCUCUUCAUGCUGGUGCGAGGACCAAAUGGGCAGCAAGGCUACGUGGAUGUGCGCCGCUGGAUUGCGGAGGGCCCGCGGAGCCGACGACGGGAUGUGGCGGCGAUGGCAUCUGUGGGCUCCGUCUUCGGAGCCAAGCCAAAAGGCUGCGCGGCCUGCGGACAGCGGCUGGCGCCAGGCGCUGUCCUUUGCACUGCCUGCCGGGAAGAAGCAGUACCUCGGCUGCUGGAGGCCAUGGGCCGGCGCCAGCACUGGGAGCGCCGACUGCAGAGCUGCCGGGAAGUGUGCUUCCGCUGCACCGGUUCGGCCGCCAUGGAGGAGGACUGUCGCAACAUCUACUGCCAGAACUUCUUCCGAAAGGUCAAUGCGCAGCUGCAGCUGAGCACGUGCACCGCACCUCAAAGCUGGCCGCCGGAGUGGUGAGGAGACAAGAAGAACACUUGCAGAUUCACC